UGGGCUUUGAACACCUUAUUGGAUCAAAAUUUUCUAAACCCACCAGAUGAAAAUCUAGUUUCAAUUUGGUUGGCAGAUGAGGGAUCUGAGUCCGGUAGCCGUACUAAGAUGAUGAUGAUUGGUUUUGCGAUGGCUCGAGCAUUUCUGGUGAACGAAAAAGCGGUGGCUGAUGGGUUGACUUGAGAUUCAAGGCACAUGAAAAAACCAUGGGAGUUUAGUUUCUCCAAAAGCAGAAACACGAAAUCGAGAACUAAGGAAUGCAUGGUGAUUUAUGUCCCGACGCCGGCAAGGAAGAGCUUUGCCGACGUCGGAGAACAGGUUUGGUGGAUAUUCCAUGAUUCUUGUGUCUGAGAGAUUUUUUAGCAUAAGUAAAGAGUUUUAUUUUUCUAAGUAUCUAACUUGCAUAUUCAUAAGUACCGAAAUUCAUUGAUGGAUUUAAAUCAUACUAGUAUAUAAGUUUGAAUGGGG